UUCAGUCUGUCGCAACUUUUUCCUCUCUUUUGUUUCUAAGAUUCUGAUGGACCCUCGGCAGCUCACCGAACCGGGCCAAAGCGGGUCCAAGGCAGGAUAGGAGUGGGUCCGAGCAGGAUAAGCGCGGUGCGGUUUUCCGCUGUGGAUCUGGACUCUGUUUGGAUCAGAACCGUAACAUGAAUCGGUAGGACUGACUUCUCGGAACUUUUUUUGCCGUCUCCAUGGAGAUGAGGGAUAUUCCCGCCAUCUAAGCAGUUGAUCACGUGGUGAUCAGGGAUCGAUAGGCUCAUUGAUCGUAUUGAUCGGGAUGGGCGCGCUCCCGUUGCUUUUGCUCGUGCUCUGGAUUUGCGAGCACGCCAGGAGCACGUUCCCGAUGCGCGCCUCCUACAGCCUGUACGCCGGCGGGAACGCGCACGCGCACGGAGCCCGAGCGGCCAGCAGACACAGGAACUGGUGUGCGUUCGUCCUCACGAAGACUGUGAGCUGCGUGGUGGAGGACGGCGUGGAGACCUACGUGAAGCCCGACUACCACCCGUGCAGCUGGGGCAGCACCCAGUGCAGCCGGGUCGUGGUCUACCGGACCUACAGGCCACGCUACAAAGUGGCCUACAAAACCGUGACGGAGAUGGAGUGGAAGUGUUGCCAUGGUUACAGCGGAGAGGACUGCAGCAUCAGUCCGGCUGGCGGCGGAGCAGGAAGUCACACGUCCAAUGGAGCGGGGACAGGAAGUGGUUUUGGAAUCGGACAAAAUGGAGGACGACAGGACCGGGAGGAAAUCAAGAGGUUGGAGGAAAAGAUCCAGAGGCUGACGGACAAGCUGCAGGAUUUCCAGUCCACCAUGAAUGAACACCUCCACCACGAACCUGUCAGACCCGGAAAAAACCCGGCAGAUGCUGCGCCACCCGAAAUCAAAGAGACGAUUCACAGCAUUCAGACCAAACUGGACCAGCUGGACAACCGAACCAAGGCUCAUGAUAAAACUCUGGUGAGCAUUAACAACCACCUGGUGAACGGGAAGGGCAACGAUCUGGACGGAGACGUUUCCCCUGGAGGAUUGAGUGGAGACCAGCUGAGCUCCCUGAAGGAGAGCAUCCUGAAGGAGCUGGAACGCCGAGUGCUGCUGUCCUGCUCCUCCUGUCAGGCCGGCGUGGAGGACCUGCGGCGCCAGCAGCAACAGGACCAGGAGAGGAUCCGCUCUCUGGAGAAGCAGCUGAACGAUGCCAACGUUCGCCACCGACAGGAUGCCGAAAGGCUUCGACUGGAGCUGCAGCGUUCCCAGAGAUGCUGCAGCUCCAUUGACGACCUACAAAACCGCAUGAGCGACGCCGAAAACAAGAUCAGCUCUGCCUCAGAGAGCUUCAACAUCCUGCUGGGCCGCCUGAGCCCCGGCAGCGACAGAGGAGAGUCCCAGGGAGGGGGAGGAGCUACUGGAGUAACUACAGGCGGGGCAAUUGGAGGGGGAGGGGCUAGUGGAGGACGCAAUGGUUUGACCGAUGUUCGGGCAAAUCUCCUGAAGGACUUGGAGCUCAGCAUCAACAGCAGCGUUCUCCAGGUGUGCUCUCACCUGCAGGCUGACCUGAGGGAGUUUGUCCAGAGAGAGCUGGACGACCUGCGGACGGCGUUCUCACACCGCUUUGACGACCGCACCUUCAGGAUCGAAGACGUGGAGCUGGAGGUGCAACAGCUGCAGAGCAACCUGCUGGAGCAGGACAGGAGAGUGUCAGCGUUGGAGAACCAGACGGCCGAGACGAGGAAGAGGAUGGAGGAGUGCCACUGCUCGGGUGGGCGAGGGGCUUCUGAAGCAGGUGGAGGUAAAGGAGAAGAAAGAGGCGGAGACACGGGGGAAGGUUUCACCAGAUCGUAUGGAGGUGGAGCAGGAAGUGCUGGAUCAGUUGGAGGAACAGGUUUAUCUGGCGGGAGAGAAAACACGACCAAGAAAUCUCUGGAGUGGAGAGUUGUGGCCAACGAGGGUCAGAUUCGACACUUCAACACUCGACUGAAGGACCUGUCGGUGUCUGGAGACUCUCUGCAUGACCGGGUUCUGGACCUGAGCCACGACGUUCAGGCGAUCAAGUCACUGACCGGUGACAAUGGUGAGAACUUCAACCGCAUCGUGAUGGAGGUGGAGAUGCUGGGCCAGGACUGUGAGCUGUGCAGCCGCGUGGAGGCGGAGCUGCAGAACCUCCGGAACCGGUCCCAGGACCUGAGCGCCAUGCAGGAGGCGCUGCUGAACCUGGAGAGCCACGUCGGCACCAUCCAGACCCGGCUGGACUCCGAGGGCGGCGACUGCAGCCGGGUCUGCUUGCCGCUGCAGGACGACGUCCGCUCGCUGCGAGACGAGGUCCGGAGAUGCUCACAGCGCUGCGCGGGACCGGGACCGACUCCUUCACAGGUCACUGCAGGUGUCGGUUCCACUGGCAUUCCUGCUGCAGGGGGCUUGGGGCCGGGCCUGGGCGCAGAGAAGCCUUUAGAUGGCCACAGCGUGAUCGGAGGAUCCUUCAACAGCAACCAGCUGAAGACGCUGCAGGGCGAGCUCGGCGACAUCAUCUUCACCUUCAGCUCCAUCAACGACACGCUGAAGGGCCUGGAGCACAGCGUGCAGAAACAUGGCAGCGUCAUCACCGACCUGGGAAACACCAAGGACAAGAUCAUCUCUGAGCUGGACAAGAUUCAGCAGGAAGUGACGGAGCACGUCCAGAGGAGCCAGGAGCGACUGGACCGGACGGACCGGGACGUCCGCCGCCUCGAAAGCAUGCUGGUGGCGGAGAUGGGCGACUGCCGGCGCUCUGGAGACGGGCUGGAGAAGAGGCUGUCCAAGCUGGAGGGAGUCUGCGCCAGGCUGGACGGCGUCUCCGACUCCAUCUCCAAGGUCAAAGAAGGCCUGAAUCGCCACAUGUCGGGUUUGUGGAGCCACGUCUCCGGCCUGAACCAGACCCUCAUCCAACAUGGAGGAAUCCUGGACUCUGUUCAAAAGAACCAGGAGCGGGUCCAGAGCAGGGUGAAGAGCCUGAACUCCAGCCUGGCCCAGGUCCAGAAAGGGCUGCAGACUGGGCAGACUGGGCAGACUGGCCUUCCAGGGCCUCCAGGAGAGAAAGGCCUGAUGGGGCUGCCGGGCCCCCGGGGGCCCUGGACCUCCUGGGCUGAAGGAGACACCGGAUCCCGAGGAUUUCCAGGUCCUAAAGGUGAACCAGGUCUUCCAGGUGUGGACGCUCACAGGCCCAGGCUGUCAUUCUCUGCAGGCCUCACUGCUCUGAAGGAAACGACAGGAACUGUCGUCUUUAACAAGGUCUUUGUCAACGAGGGCAACUUCUACAACCCGGUGACAGGUGUUUUCACCGCCCCGUUGGACGGACACUACUACUUCAGCGCCGUCCUGACGGGACACAAGAACGAGAAGAUCGAAGCGGUUCUGGCCAAGUCCAACUAUAGCGUGGUCCGGGUGGACUCGGGGGGCUACCAGCCCGAAGACCUGGAGGCCAAGCCGGUGGCCGAGUCAAAGGUCAGCAGCGGCUCGCUGGCCGUGUUCAGCCUGGUGCUGCCGCUGCAGCGCGGCGACACGGUGUGUGUGGACCUGGUGAGGGGGAGGCUGCCCCACUCCCUGGAGCCGCUCACCGUCUUCAACGGCAUGCUGCUGUAUGAAAACUUAUGAACCUGGUGAGUCAGAGACCAGCCAGAGCCGACCGAUCCGAUCUGCUCAAACCGUGGAGGAGGCUGAAAUAUUUCCCAUGAUCCUCCCUGCUCGACUCAGCAGGAAGGAUUUUAACUCUGCCUGUGUUCUGUCCAAUCAGCAGAGACCUUACCUGGUCACAUGACCCAAACUCCUCUGGAGCCAGAACGUUACAGUAAUGUUCUGCAUUAACGUCCAGAUGUUUGACCAGAAGGUGGCGCUGCGGAUCCGGACCUGGACUGAGGAUCUGAUUUAUGUCUGAUAAAAUGUUUGGAUGUUUUAUGGAAUGAUGUUGAUGCACUGCUGCGUCCAAUCAGUUGACCUCCUCCGACCUCUAACCCAUGCUGUUACCAUGACAACCAUUAAGGCCACAGCCUACAACACCACACAAUAUCCAGCUUAUUAACGCUGAUGAAAGCAAACCUCAGUGGUGGGCACCGCUAGCUGAAAGGUUAGCAGCGCUAACCCUAAAACACUAACCGUAAACAUUAGUGUUGCUAACGCUAACACGCUACACCAACAUGAUAAUUGGUGAAAGCUAAUGCUAAGCACUAAUUUCAACCCUGACUGCACCAUCGUGUCAAUGACACUUCCUUCUUGCUCAAUAAAGUUUCUUUAAAAUAAAAAGAAAAUGUGAGGAGAGGAAACUGAGCUGCAGACUUCAAAAUAAGAGCAUGAGUAUAAGCGUCUAACUACCAGAAAAAUUCAGGAGCCGAAAAACUUCAACUUAAAUGCCAAACUUUAUUCAAGUAAAUUAGGCCUUUAGAAUUUAUAUGAAAAAAAUUAUUUCGAGGAAGCUAAGCUCUUUCAAAGUUAGAAAAAAGCUAAAGCACUAUACAAAAAAUUAAGUAUUAGUGCAAUAGCAAGCUAGCACUACUAUGAUCAUAAACAUAAGAAAAAACAAAACAAUUUCAGGUCUAUAGUUGCUGCUCAGUGUGUUUUGUUAAAAAUGGCCACCAGGUUCUGCUGUGUCAGGUCGGGACAUCUGAUACAAAAUCACAGUCUUGUUUAGUUUUUAUGACACAUUAUUCACUGAAUAAAAUAAUAAUACUCUGUGAACGCCACCAAGUGGUCAGGUGAAUUUUAGCCAAAUUAAUCAUAAACAAGGUCCUGCUACCAGUUCACUUUUAGUUUAAAAAGCAUCCAGCAUGCUGAGGUGAGUGAAGAAUCAUUUCCACUCAAGUUAUCGCUGGCUUAUUGCUGCAGUGUUUGCCUAGCAGCUUUACUGCACAUGUGCAGUAAACAUGGUGUGUGUCAGGUUAGCUUGAGCAGCAGCAAAGGGAAACAAACUUCGCUCGUCCUGCUGGAGGUUCAACAUGUCCGAUAACAUUCCAGACUCAUUUCCCUUCAGAAAAGAACACUAACGCUCUAUAUCAACAGAGAGUUUAGCAGAUGCUAAUGCUAAAUUGCUCAAUUCAAUGUUGAUUCCAUGUGGCAAAGAUAAUGCUAAACAUUUGCUAAAGUGUUAAGAAAAUUAGCGUAUUAGCAGAGUUCAGAAAUGUUCUGGAGAUGUUAUGAAGACAAAUGAAGCGCUUGUGAUCUGGGACCAGACCGGACCGGACCAGGCAGACAAAGUAACCAUGACGAAGACCACAGGAAGUCUUCAUCACCGGCAAAGAAUUAAGAGAUUGCUCAAAGUUGCUCCGUAUUCGAUGUUUCCCCCUCCCAGGCUUCUUCUGGUUAGCAGAAGAUGAGUAAAUGCAGAGAGAAGUUUUCUUCUCCAGGACGUCGCUAUGUGGAAAAGUAAUCACACCCCUAGAUAAAUCCUGUAUCUGAUGUGAUUAACCAUCAAUCAAUCAUCAUGCUGGAAAACCCUGCGUCUGAAUUAAAUCAAUUCAGGGCAGCAGAUGGGGUCAAAGUUCACAUUCAGUAGUGCUGCUGCAGCAGCAGGAGGAACAACCAGGUCUCAGGUUGGGGUUUGAAUACUUUCUCACAGUAAGUGUGAAAUCACUGCAGCUUCUGUUUAGGUUUUAAAUGUAAUUUAUAAUCUAAAUCUUUACAUAAUUGGUUAAAUACAGAAGAACGAAGCCAGAAUAUAAUAAAAACCAGAAAUACGUUCAGAUCAGGACAGUUGAGUUUAUUAUUCCAGCUGAUUGUUUUUCUACCUGAGGAAACUAAGCAUGUGCCGACAGUGGAGAGGAAAACAGGAGGAAAUGUUCCAGUAUAACUUCCUAUAGUUAAUAUAAAGUCUUAUAUUUGAAUAACUUGUGAACUUAUAGUUUACUCAACACAGCAUCGUUUUAACUAUUAUUAAAUAUCAAUGGCUUUCCAUAGAGUACUACAACAUUGACCUGCUGCCUGACGUAGAGCUGCAGCAGCUAGAUGAGCAGCUUUCUGCUGUUGGGACAGACGUGAAGCAUGUAGAGACAUUUAAGCUGUGACCGGAUGAUGAAGACAUAUCAUCAUCAUCAUCAUCACAAACUGUUGAUGCUUCCUGAACUUCCUGAAGGACAGUUUUUCACAACUCGGCUGGAAGUGAUGUUUGCUUUCUGGAGAAAUGUAAAAAUGUUUGACCUUCACAUUUAAAAACUUCUUGAUGCUCUAUGAUGCAGAAUUGGACCUGAACCGACACCAGUUUCUUCACUCAGGAUUGUACAGUUGAACAUGUUCUGAGUUCAUUUCUGGCUUCUGUAGCAACAAAUCUCUAAAGCUAAAAUGUUUCUGACAAAUGUUGUUAGAAGCCUUAUUAAAUCAAUGAUUAACUGUU